AUGAUCAACAAUCCUGUCCAAUCAAAUUCAUUAAUUCAAAAUUUGCUAUCAUUUUUUAUGCGCACAAAUUUUGUUGUUCUAGAACAAACAACAGAAUCACCGUCUUUUGAUUUUUCCUUUGAAGAAAAACAAGGCGAUUUGUUUAAGGAUGCUCCUUCAACAGAUUCAUUGGUUCAUUGUGUAUCUCAAGAUUUACGAAUGGGUAAAGGUAUCGCGACGAUGUUUAAGAAUCUUUAUAGUGGAAUAGGUGAAUUAAAAUCUCAAAAUAAGAAAGUUGGCCAAGUUGCUUAUCUUUUACGUGAAAAUCGUUACAUUUAUUAUAUGAUUACAAAAAUGUAUUAUUAUAACAAGCCAAGAAAACAAGAUUUUGAAGCUAGUUUAAAAGAAUUGAAAAGUUUAUGUGAAAAUCAAGGUGUUACUGGUUUAAGUAUGCCUAGAAUAGGUGCAGGUUUAGAUAAAUUGGAUUUGGAUUAUGUUAUAGAAACUGUUAAAGAAAUCUUUAAAGAUAGUAAUAUUAAAAUUACAAUGUUUUAUUUGUAA